UUCGUGGCGCAGCUACGGCGCGCCGUGUGCCGUGUGCCGAGCCCUGGGCUGGGGACGCGGUGACAGUCCUGCCCUUCCCACUCCCGGAGCGCACCUUCCAGCGGGUACCGGUAACAAGCAAACCACACGCGUCCACACACAGGAGCAACACACAGGAACAAAACCAGCUGGGCUCCAGACCCCCAGGCUCCAGGAAGAUGAAAAUGCAAAGCCAGCCUCCUCCUGUCCCACACUGGCCUUCCCUCUUCCUGUUGACAAGGUGCUGAGGUUCUAAAUUUAGAGGUUGAGGCUCCUCUCCGCACAGGGCACAGGCCAAGGUCCUCACCACCACCCGCGGCCCCGCCGGCCCCUCCAACCCGCCCCAGCGGACCAGGACAGCGACGCCGUUCGCAGCGCAUAACCCGGAUCCCGGCCAGAGCCGCGACUACACCCGCUAAGUGGGCUGCCUUGGGAGGUGGUGAGCAGCCUGUCCCUGGGAGAAUCCAAGCAGGGCGGCCAUGGAGGAACAUGUCUACUCAGAGUUCCCAAACCUUCCCGGAAGGCGGCGGCGGUGCUGUGGGCAAGGGACCCAGAUGGCACUGUUGGGGCUGGUGACCGUCAUGCUGUGGGCCGGACUGCUGACCCUGCUUCUCUUCUGGCACUGGGACGCUGUACAGAAUCUGAAACAGCUGGAAGAAACCACUGCCCGGAACGUCUCUCAGGUUGCCAAGGACUUGGAAAGACACAGAGGGGACGAGAUGGCCCAGAAAUCCCAGGCUGCCCAGGUGUCACAGAACAUGGAGGAAAUCCAAGCUGAACAGAAAAGAAUGAAAGCUCAGGACUCUGAGCUCUCCCGGAACCUGGAUGGACUUCGUUCGGACCUGAGCAACCUCAAGUCCCAGAGCUUGAACGAGAGGCGCACAGCCUUGCACUCGUUGGAAAGGCUCCAGCAGGAGGUGGUAAAGCUGUGGAUUGAGCUCCACGUGUCCAACGCCCGGACCCCAAGAGUGACCCCAGGAGAGACGCUGCCACCCACCCUGCCUAUUGUCCCCACGGUGCCGGCCACGGCGCCGGCCACAGCGCCCGCCACGGCACCGGCCACAACGUCCGCCACCGCGCUGGCCACAGCGCCCGCCACGGCGCCGGCCACAACGUCCGCCACCGCGCUGGCCACAGCGCCCGCCACGGUGCCGGCCACGUCCGCCACGGCGCCGGCCACAGAGCCCGCCACGGCGCCCGCCACGGCCGCGCCCCUGAGCCUCUCCUCCGCCCCAGGCUCCACGUGUAACACGUGCCCCGAGAACUGGGUCAACUUCCAGAGGAAAUGCUACUACUUCGGCGAGGGCGCCAAGAAGUGGAUCCAGGCCCGGUUUGCCUGCAGCAAGCUGCAAGGGCGGCUGGUCAGCAUCCACAGCCAAGAGGAGCAGGACUUCCUGGCCAGACGCGCCAACAGGAAGGGCACCUGGAUUGGCCUCCGGGACCUGGACAUAGAGGGGGAGUUUAUCUGGAUGGAUGAGAACCCCCUGAACUACAGCAACUGGCGGCCGGGGGAACCCAACAACCAGGGCCAGGGCGAGGACUGUGUGAUGAUGCAGGGCUCCGGGCAGUGGAACGAUGCCUUCUGUGGCAGCCGGCUGGACGGCUGGGUGUGUGACCGGCUGGCCACAUGCUGACCGCCCCUCCCCCGCCACCUCGGCCCCCUCCCUGGGGUUCCCCGGGAGGUCCUUGGAGACGCAGACCCUGAUGGCCCCCUGCCCACUUGCCAGGUGCACCCCUGCGUUGCUCCCCCAGCUCAGACACAGGAGCAGCUGGGCCCACGGCGGGGCCCGCAGCCGCGGCCUGGAUGCCUGGUUUGUGGCUAAGGCCCCAGCAUCCCUUUCUCCUGCCCAAGAGGAAGAAGGGCUGUUGACCCCUCCCCAGCUCCUGCCAAUGCCCCUGAGGGCCUGUCCCUUACUCCUCAGCCCAGCAGGCUGUCACCAUGUCCCUGCCUUCAAGGGCUCAGAGUACCCACCUCGAGAACUUUCCAGAGAGCCUCAGACCCCUGUGAGCUUCCUCUGUCGGGCCGCCCCGCAGUCUGCUGGAGUCAGGACCACACCUCCGCCCCACCCCUGGCCUCCCCAGAUGCAGUCCCCGUGUCUUAGCACCCCAGGGAGAGGUCCCCAGCUCAGGCAGCCAGUCCCCUUGCCCCCAGCCCAUGUCAAUAAAAUGGGGGCGAAGAUGGCCCCAUCUCAGAAGCCUCCGGGUGUGGGAGCCGGGAGUUCCAGAACCUGGUGCCUGAGUCCGUCUGAGUAUCCAGAGCAGCUGAAGCAGCAAUUAUAUCUCUCCACCGUUUCCCCUCUACUUUAUUACAAGAAGCAUGUACUAGACAGGGCUGGAGACAAAGCCUCUGGGAUCUAAUGGAGCAGAGAACACCCUAGACGCCUAAAAGUACCGCAGGGCAGGCAGUGGGCUGGUCCCCCCCGCCUAGGCUGCUGGCAGGAGGGCACAAGCUCACGCAUGGGAAGUGCUGAAUGGACCUGGUAUACAGAAGGCACUCAGUAAAUGCUAGCAGGCCCAGGGUGGCCUGGCCACCCAGGUCCAAAGGUGCUGGUAUGACUCUGACACAGGUUUUGAAAGAAACAGGUGGCACCAGCCCUGCACCAGAGGCUGAGGAGGGAGGCGGGCCAGGAUCGCAGGACACCCCUCGUUAAACUCCUCGCCUACCCACCCCACCCCCAGCUCCCGGCCUAGGAAGAAAGAACCAGGGGCGCCUGGGUGGCUCACUUGGUGAAGGGUCUGGCUUCGGCUCAGGUCAUGACCUCACAGUUCGCAGGUUCAAACACCGCGCAUCGGUUUGUGCUGAGGGCGGAGCCUGCAGCCUGCUUCCGAUUCUGUCUCUGUCUCUGUCUCUCUCUGCCCCUCCCCUGCUUGCACUCUCUCUCUUUCUAAAAAUAAAUCAACAUUAAAAAAAGAAAAGGAAGAACCAGAUGGCUCACGUGAUUCUCAGGCCUCCUGGAGGGGAAUCCGUGGGGGGAGGACCACACUGGACCACCUUGGACCUGGGAGUCAGGGGCCCGGGCCUAGGGGGCUGGGGAGGGCCCUACAGUGGCACCCAGGAGACCUGGGGCCGGGAAAGGGCAGGGAUAGAGCUCGUCCUAAGUCACCGGUUACCAAGCCAUUGUCCCUCCCAACCCCCCCCCCCCCACCACCACCAAUUUCUGCCUCCUCCAGACCCCUCCCAGGCCCCAGGCCAGAGCACAACUACCUACCUGAGCUCGGCAAAGGGGACUCCCAGCCCCACUCUGCAGGUCACCCAGGCCCAUGUUGGGAUGACAGUCAUCACCGGUUUCCCUCACUGAACCCUCCAAAUCCUCAGGGAAAGCCAUGUGCAGAAUCUGUCCACUUCUCACCCCUCCAGCAACCGCCUUGGUAUAGCCCCAGCCCUAGCUUGCCUCGAUCUCUUCUUCACUGUCCCAGACCUUCCAGAAGUUUCCUUCUGGCUCAGAGGAAAAAAAACCCACAGUCUUACAGGGUGCUUUGCAAUUGCAGAAUCCCUGCAGCUUGCCUUGUCUCCCCAGCUUGACCUCCUUUCUGCCCUCCCCCAACCCCAGCACCUACACCAGCCUCCUCACUGGCCCUUACACAUAUAGGCUUGCUCUUUGCCUCAGGGCCUUUGCACAUGCCCCCUCCCCUGCUAGCUCUUCAGUGAGGGCUAUCCUGGGCUCCCCGUCCUUCCUGUUUAAAAUGACACCCCUGACUCCGGCUCCCUUUUACCUUUGAUCUCCUUUCUCACCACAGAACACUUCCCCUUCCAACCAAACUUGUCACUCACGGAUCUGUGUGUGCUCGCCGCCCUCCCCCCCCCCCCCCAACGCCCAGGGCUAGCAUGUGAGCUUCAGGAGGGCAGGAGCAUUGGUCUUGCUCUCAGCUGUGACCCCAGCAGCUGACACAGAGUAGGUGUUCAAUAAAUAGCUGUUGGAUAAUCAA